AUGGCGUCCCCAGGGUCUGUUCCGGCGAUUACUUUCGAUCGCGUUGUUGAAACACCUGCAGAAUCAGAAUCGGAUGUUCCGAAUGAUGGCCUCGGUGGCACACGCGAGCGCUCGCAUAGCAAUUUGACCGCCGUCGGCAGCGAGUUUACUGGACGAGAUCGAGCGAUGAGCGGAAGCACCAUGGCCACUAGCAGCGUAGGCCUCGAAGUACCCAAAGGGAAGGAGAAACUAUCCUCGAGUACCGCACCGAGUGUGUUCUCGUCCGACGAGCAGGAGGAGGCUCUGCGACCGGAUCCAGGGACCGAGGCAGAUUUCCAUGUGGACAACAACCCAUUCGCAUACUCACCUGGCCAACUCAACAAGCUCCUCAAUCCGAAGUCUCUUCCAGCGUUCGUUGCCUUGGGUGGACUUGCCGGGUUGGCGAAUGGACUCCGCACGGACUUGAGUGCUGGGUUGAACACCGAGGCAUUGGGUGGCGAGAAGCAUACGGAGCCUGGGAAAGAGGUAUUUGCGGACCGCAUCCGCGUCUUCAAGGAGAAUGUGCUUCCCGAGAAGAAGGCGACACCGCUGUGGAAGUUGAUGUGGCUGGCCUACAACGACAAGGUCUUGAUUUUACUUACCGCCGCGGCCGCGAUAUCACUGGCGCUUGGACUAUACGAAACGUUUGGGGUGGAGCAUGAGCCUGGCUCUGGGAUGCCGUUGGACUGGGUGGAGGGAUGUGCAAUCUGCGUUGCUAUCGUCAUUGUGGUCAUGGUCGGGUCGCUCAACGACUACCAGAAGGAGCGGGCCUUCGUCAAACUCAACAAGAAGAAGGAAGACCGGGAGGUUACUGUCAUCCGGUCAGGCAAAACGGUCAGAAUAUCAGUUCACGAUGUCUUGGUCGGCGACGUCCUGCACCUGGAGCCUGGAGACCUGGUCCCGGUGGACGGAGUCUACAUUGAAGGGCACAAUGUCAAAUGCGACGAGUCAUCUGCAACUGGAGAAUCGGAUCAGCUUAAGAAGACCGGCGGGGAACAAGUGCUCCGACUUCUCGAACAAGGUCAUACCAAGCAGCAGGACAUGGACCCGUUCAUCAUCUCCGGCAGCAAAGUCCUGGAAGGCUUCGGAACAUGUCUUGUCACAUCGGUUGGCGUCAACAGCAGUUACGGCAAGAUUCUCAUGGCUAUGCGUCAGGAUAUGGAGCCCACUCCUCUGCAGAAGAAGCUGGAUCGCUUGGCUAGUGCUAUUGCUAAGCUGGGCGCCAGUUCCGCAAUUUUCCUUUUUUUGAUUCUUCUUUUUCGCUUCCUCGGAGGUCUCUCUGGGAACGAUCGCACUGGUACGGAGAAGGCUUCUCAAGUUACGGAUAUCCUGAUUGUCGCAAUCACAGUCAUCGUUGUUGCGGUUCCUGAAGGCUUGCCGCUGGCGGUUACAUUGGCCCUGGCAUUUGCGACUACUCGGAUGGUUAAGCUCAACAACCUUGUCCGUGUCUUAAAAUCCUGCGAGACAAUGGGAAAUGCAACUACGGUAUGCUCUGACAAGACCGGCACUUUGACAACGAACAAAAUGACAGUAGUGACUGGCACAUUCGGAGAUGACGAUUUCGACGACAAGAACCAGACCGGAAAAGAACGACGGUCAGCUGCGUUUGCGAGUUCGCUCAGCACAGAGCAGAAACGCAUGAUCAUUGAAUCUGUAGCGAUCAACUCGACUGCAUUUGAAGGCGAGGAGAACGGUGUCCCUGGGUUCAUCGGCUCCAAGACUGAAACUGCCUUGUUAGGGUUUGCUCGGGAUGUCCUAGGAAUGGGCCCACUCGCUGAGGAACGCGCCAAUGCGACGGUCGUGCAGUUGAUGCCCUUUGACUCUGGCCGAAAGUGCAUGGGUGCUGUCAUCAAGCUGCCAGAUGGCAAGUACAGGUUUCUCGUCAAAGGUGCCUCGGAGAUCCUGCUUGGAUACAGUUCGUCUGCAUGGAUGCCUAGUGGACCGGUGGAUAUGUUGUCGAGCGAACGGGAACGGCUUGAGCAAGUGAUCCUCGACUAUGCAAAGCAGUCACUCCGCACAAUUGCCUUGGUUUCGCGGGACUUUGCAGAGUGGCCGCCGAAGCAUGCCGUUGACCCCGACGAUCCGACGGAAGCUGACCUCGGUCUCCUCUUGGCGGAUAUGUUCUUUCUAGGCGUUGUCGGUAUUCAAGAUCCUAUACGACCCGGCGUUCCCGAAGCCGUGGCCAAAUGCCACCAUGCCGGAGUUACGGUGCGGAUGGUGACCGGUGAUAAUAUGGUUACAGCAAAGGCCAUCGCGACCGACUGCGGUAUAUACACUGGAGGAAUCGUCAUGGAGGGCCCUAAGUUCCGCACCCUCUCCGACGCCGAGUUUGACGAAGUCCUUCCACGCCUACAGGUGCUCGCUCGUUCUUCACCAGAGGAUAAGCGCAUUUUAGUCACCAGGCUGAGGGCGAUGGGCGAGAUCGUGGCUGUGACAGGAGACGGGACGAAUGACGGCCCUGCGCUGAAGGCUGCCAACAUUGGCUUUUCCAUGGGUAUUGCAGGCACAGAAGUGGCCAAGGAAGCAUCUGCGAUUGUGCUGAUGGACGACAAUUUCUCCAGUAUUCUGACGGCGCUCAUGUGGGGACGCGCUGUGAACGAUGCCGUUCGCAAGUUCCUCCAGUUUCAGAUCACUGUCAAUAUCACCGCCGUGCUUCUGACAUUCAUCUCGUCGGUUGCGGACUCCGAGAUGCGGUCCGUGCUAACCGCGGUGCAGCUUCUUUGGAUCAAUCUUAUCAUGGACUCUCUUGCUGCCCUCGCGCUGGCUACAGACCCACCAACGGAGGAGAUUCUCGAUCGCAAGCCCAUCAAAGGCGGCGCCCCGCUCAUCUCAACUACAAUGUGGAAGAUGAUAAUCGGGCAGUCCAUCUUCCAGCUUAUCGUUACCUUAAUCCUUCACUUUGGGCCUCGCGAAAACUUCCUCGACUAUCCAGACGAUAUCCGACGCUCUAUCGUGUUCAAUACGUUCGUGUGGAUGCAGAUCUUCAACGAAUUCAACAACCGACGUCUCGACAAUAAGUUCAACAUCUUCACCGGACUACACCGGAACUGGUUCUUCAUUGGUAUCAACUGCAUCAUGGUCGGUUGCCAGAUCGUCAUUGCCUUCUACGGCGGCGCCGCGUUCAGCAUCGUUCGCAUCCACGAUGAGCAGUGGGCUAUCUGUAUUCUCGUUGCGGCGAUCUCGCUUCCCUGGGCGAUUGUCGUCAGGAUCUUCCCUGAUCCUUGGUUCCACGCUAUUGCAACGUUCGUGGGAAAGCCGGUUGUGCUUGUAUAUCGCCCGGCGAGCCGGGGGAUGCGAAAGCUCGGAAGGAAGAUCAAGGGUGUGCGCCGGAGGAAAGAUGAGGACGACGAGGACGAUGACGAGGUUGAGCCCCAGGUUGCGAAUCCUGGCGCUACCUCUGCUACUGGGAAAGCUGGUGACGGGAAUGUUUGA